AUUGUGCUGACAGGUCCUGAUACAAAGCUGAUGCAGAACAGUGGCAGAUCCAAGUUCAAGCGGACCAGUAUUGACCGGUUGAUGAACACUCUGGUGCUGUGGAUUUUCGGGUUUCUGAUCUGCAUGGGGGUCAUCCUGGCUAUCGGCAAUUCCAUCUGGGAGGACCAAGUCGGACACCGCUUCCAGAUCUACCUGCCGUGGGCCCAGGGAGUGAACAGUGGCUUCUUCUCUGGCUUCCUCUCCUUCUGGUCCUACAUCAUCAUCCUCAACACCGUGGUGCCCAUUUCGCUCUACGUCAGCGUGGAGGUCAUCCGCCUGGGCCACAGUUACUUCAUCAGCUGGGACCGAAAGAUGUACUGCGGGAGGCGGAAGACCCCCGCUGAAGCGCGGACCACCACCCUGAGCGAGGAGCUCGGGCAGAUCGAGUACAUUUUCUCGGACAAGACGGGGACCCUCACCCAGAACGUCAUGACCUUCAACAAGUGUUCCAUCGCCGGCAAGGUCUACGGUGAGGCGUGGGUGGGGAGCGCCGGACAAUCCAAUUCGCGAUUGGAAAUUUCCUCCGUCGCAGCGGUGACCUCCCUCCACAGGGUGGCGCCCUCCCUGGCCAGGAGGAAGUUGAUUAAAAUGGCGGGGGGCGAACGAGAGCGAGGGAGGACCGUGGAAGAGAGACGACGUUUCCACGUUUCGGGCAUAAGCUCUUGGUCGGAGAGCUCAAAGGGAUCCCCACAGUGUGGAAACAGGCCCUUCGGCCCAACAAGUCCACACCAACCCUCCAAACAUUAUCCCACCCCAAACCCUUUCCCCAGCCCUGCACAUCCAGGACACUUUACCAUGGCCAAUCCACCCUAA